GAGCCAGGCGGUACAGUAGGAUGUCUAUAGAGGCUGAGGCAUUGCUGCAGGAGGCUAAGGAGAGUAUAGAAGCAGCUCAGAAUUACAGGAGCGAACUACAACAACGCCUACAUGGACUCAGCCAGGCACGCAAACAGGUAAUAACACACACCUACAACAGUGGUCCAACUCACACACACACACCCCUCCUCCCUCUCUCUCUCCCCCUACUCCCCCCUCCUCCCCCCCUCCUCCCUCUCUCUCCCCCCUCCCCCCCUCCUCCCUCUCCUCUCCCCCCCCUCCUCCCUCUCUCUUCCCCCCUCUUCCCUCUCUCUCCCUCUCUUCCCCCCUCUUCCCUCUCUCUCCCCCCUCCACCCCCCUCCUCCCUCGCUCUCCUCCCCCUCUCCCCCCCCUCCUCCUCUCUCUCCCUCUCCCCCCCCCCUCCUCCCUCUACUCUCUCUCCCCCCUCCUCCCUCUCUCCUCUCUCCCCCCCUCCUCCCUCUCUCUCUCUCCCCCCCUCCUACCAUCUCUCUCUCUCCCCCCUCCUCCCUCUCCUCUCUCUCCCCCUCCUCCCUCUCUCGCCCCCCCUCCUCCCUCCCUCUCUCUCCACCCUCCUCCCUCUCUCUCAGGCUAAUUGUAAACAAUGCUGUUAUUUCCUGCUCCUCUAAAAGUAAAGCAGAGAAAGAGAGGUAGGUGAAGAGAGAGAGAAACACAACUUAUUGGCCAAACCGGAGGUGAUGUGAAUGCAAUGUAGUCCAACUCCUGAACUAAAAAGCACAUUCUAUUGAAAACAUGCUAUGUAGUUCAGGAAAGGACUUCAUCUGUGUCUGUAACUAGGUUUCCAUCCAAUUGGCGAUAGAUUUUAAUGCGAAUGUUCUAAAAUCUGCAAAAAAACAAUAUGCACAUUUUCCCACCAGAGAUUUUUCCAUCAAACUGACGUGUUGCAGAUAAAAGGCUGUGUGAUGACGUAGUGCACAUUAAAAAUAACAACGUUAAAUUUCCAUGUACUGAAUAGGGGUGUAACGGUACACGUAUUGGUGCCGAACCGGUCAGUACGGGACCUCGGUUGGAUCUGCACUGUGAACCCGAAUACAUACAACAACAAAAAAUAGACAAAAAGCACUAGGCCUAUAGACUAUGCCUACGCUGGGUUGUAGGCCUCUGCCUCUUGAGGAAAUCUGAGCUGAAAAACAUUUCAGGCUAUUCCGUUAAAACAACUAGAGCCUACGCUCUAGUUAAAAAAUGUAAUGUAAAUCUUAAUUGGUGCAUUUCAAACUGUCCUUUUGUGAGGCGCCGCCGGGAACUAGUUCUGUACGAUGACGAGUGGUGGGGUUGAUAAACCAGGAGGAUUCUCCAUCGUUUAAAUCUCAAUUUUGGCUUCCCAGUAGAUUACAAUGGCGAUGGACAGAGAGUUGUGGAUUGAAACCUUAACCGUAUGUCACCACUGCACAACGAGAAUAGCCUAUGCAGCUGCCAACACCUCAAACAUGUUGACGCUUUUAUGCCAACAUCACCCCAAUAUUCCUACCGCAGGAACAAGACGGAAACGCAAAAAAACAACACAGCUUUGUCUCCCCCCUACAUUCAAGCAGCCCUUCACAGCUGAUUCUGACUGGGCCUAAGAAAUUACAAGGGCGAUGGGUAUGUUUUAUAGCUGCGGAUAUAUCGGUGGUUGUGAAGAAAAGGUGGUUUCAGCACCUUGUAAAAGUGCUCGAGCCACGCUAUGAACUUCACCCUCUCGCACCCGUUUCAGUAAACAGGUAGUACCCGCUCUAUAUAAGCAAGCUAACGCCGAAGUUAUCAAUGAAUUGAAACGGACACUUUAUCUACAGUAUGGUUCUGUUCUGCUCUCUGGCGCCCACUGUUCCCACCCAUUAUCUGGCACACCUCUAUCACCUUGCUCUCCUUUCCUCUCCCAGCUGUAGAGUCCAGUUUUGGGCCAUUUUUCCCAUAACCUCCCCAGGGAUGAGUCAUCAUUACUGUAAUAUGAGACGAGGCAGGCAGGAAAAGCUGCUCUGUCACACACACACACACACACAUUCCUAGGAUGGUGUGACGUCCAUGAGCGGUGUGUGUGUGUGCCUUAGACACUUCUGGAAGAGAGGGAGUCAAAACAUCCUGUAGUUUAUCUCUGGUCUCUCUCUCUCUCUUUCUCUCUCUUUCUCUUUCUCUGGUCUCUCUCUGUUCAAUUUCAAUUCAAGGGGCUUUAUUGGCAUGGGAAAUGUAUGUUAACAUUGUCAAAGCAAGUGAAGUAGAUAGUAAACAAAACUGAAAUAAACAAUAAAUAUUAACAGUAAACAUUACACUCAGAAGUUUCAAAAGAAUAAAGACAUUUCAAAUGUCAUAUUAUGUGUAUAUAUACAGUGUUAUAAUGAUGUGCAAAUAGUUAAAGUACAAAAAGGAAUAAAUAAAUAUAGGUUGUAUUUACAAUGGUGUUUGUUCUUCACUGGUUGCCCUUUUCUUGUGGCAACAGGUCACACAUCUUGCUGCUGUGAUUGCACAGUGUGGUAUUUCACCCAAUAGAUAUGGGAGUUUAUCAAAAUUUGAUUUGUUUUCGAGUUCUUUGUUGGUCUGUGUAAUCAGAGGAAUAUAUGUCUCUAAUAUGGUCAUACAUUUGGCAGGAAGUUUUUUCUCAGUUUUUUUGUAAAUUCUUUCCAAUGUGUCAAGUAAUUAUCUUUUUUUUUUCUCAUGAUUUGGUUGGGUCUAAUUGUGUUGCUGUCCUGGGGCUCUGUGGGGUCUGUUUGUGUUUGUGAACAGAGCCCCAGGACCAGCUUGCUUAGGGGACUCUUCUCCAAGUUCAUCUCUAUGUAUGCGAUGGCUUUGUUAUGGAAGUUUUGGGAAUCGCUUCAUUUUAGGUGGUUAUAGAAUUUAAAGUCUAUUUUCUGGAUUUUGAUAAUUAGCGGGUAUCUGCCUAAUUCUGCUCUGCAUGCAUUAUUUUGUGUUUUUACGAUGUACACAGGGGAUAUUUUUGGCAGAAUUCUGCAUGCUGUCUCGAUUUGGUGUUUGUCCCAUUUAGUGAAUUCUUGGUUGGUGAGCGGACCCCAGACCUCACAACCAUAAAGGGCAAUGGAUUCUAUAACGGAUUCAAGUAUUUUUAGCCAGAUCCUAAUUGGUAUGUCAAAUUUUAUGUUCCUUUUGAUGGCAUGUUCCUUUUGAUGGCUCUCUCUCUGCUCUCUCUCUCUCUCUCUCUCUCUCUCUCUCUCUCUCUCUCUCUGGUCUCUCUCUCUCUCUCUCUCUCUCUCUCUCUCUGGUCACUCUCUCUCUCUCUCUCUCUCUCUGGUCACUCUCUCUCUCUCUCUCUCUCUCUGGUCACUCUCUCUCUCUCUGGUCUCACUCUCUCUCUCUCUGGUCUCUCUCUCUCUGGUUUCUCUCUCUCUCUCACUCUCUCUGUCACACCUCUUAUCUCUCUCUCCCCAGGCUGUAUGUCCUCCACUCCCAGUGGACAUGUCAUUGUAUUCCAGAUGACAAUAUUAGCUUUCCCAUCCUUCUCCGUCCCAAAAUAUGUAUUAUCUUUGGCAACAUCCCAAAUGGUACCCUAUUCCCUCCAUAGUGCACUACCAUUGGGCCCUGGUCAAAAUGAGUUCACUAUAUAGAGAAUAGGGUGUCAUUUAGGACACUGCCCUUAUCUCCACAAAACUGAUAGACACCAGGAAGUGAUGCAAUGGCUCCAGUGAGGCAUUUCCUGUGUCCUGCUGUCCAUACACACUGAUCUCUGAUAGUAUUCUAUGUAGGUUUUUCCCAUCCUCAUCCAACUAUUAUUUUCUCUUGUUUUAUCAGUGCAGCGCCUCUGCUCUCUUCGGUUUCCUUCUCUCUGUCUCGCUCUCAUAGUCUAAGUGAGAGUGAGAGGAGGACUGUCAGUCAGUGAGUGUGUCCCAAAAAGCUCCCUAUAUAGUGCACUACUUUUGACCAGAGCUCUAUGGGCCCUGGUCAAAAGUAGUGCACUAUAAAGCUACUAGCCAUUUGGGACAGAGAGUAUGAAACUACCAGACUGACAGGAGUUCAACUCAGCAUGCUUGUCUGUUAAGAGGAACUGAAACGGAGACUGAGUUUCACUGCAAACGACUAACCACCAGCUUCCUGUUCCGUCGGGGGACUGGCACUGUUUCCAAAUGUCAAAAUUUCUUGCACAAAGUUAGCAUAUAAAUGUAACCAAUCAAUCAAUCCCCUCCCUGUCCCUCCAGGCGCGAGGCAGCUCGUCUCAGGCCAGGGAAGUGUUGAAGCGUCAUUUCUAUCAACUAGAGAUAAAAAAAAAAAUACUGGUCCAUUCUUCCCUCUCUCUCUCUCUCUUCCUCCCCUCCUCUCCCUCCCUCUCUCUUCCUUCUCUCUCUUCACUCUCUCUCUCUCUCUCUCCCUCUCUCUUCCUCCUCUCCCUCCUCCAGGUGCGAGGCAGCUCGUCUCAGGCCAGGGAAGCGUUGAAGCGUCAUUUCUCUGAGCUCCAGGCGGCUGUGACCCGCCUCCUGGCGGAGCGCCUGAGCGUGCUCCUUAGCGAGGUGGAUGUCAUCGAGCAGGACAGCGUACGACCGCUGGACGACUGCCAGAAACUCAUAGAACAUGGAGUCAGCACUGCCGACGAGCUGCUCCGCGAGGGUAAGAUAUAGGUAGACACAUGGACAGACGCAUGGACCGAAAGGUUGCUGGUUCGAAUACCACUAAAAUGCUGUGCCCUUGAGCAAGGCACUUAACCCUGACUGCUCCAGAGGGCGCUGUACAAUGGCAAACUUGGCCGUGAUCCCACUCUCUGAGAGUGUCUCAGGGGGAGUUGGGGAUAUGCAAUAAAACACAUUACCAUUACACACUUGUGUAACAGGACAAAUAAAAUCACCCCCAAAAUUAUGACUAUUUUUAUUACACACCAUCAGAAUCCUGUUUCCCCUAUUGCUCCGGUCCUCUUCCUCAGUACCAUGAAACCUCAGGGGUCUCCUAUUUCAUGAUUCAUCUACUGUAAUUCAACUGAUUUAAAGGUUUUAAUCUCUCUCUUUCCCUCUCCCCCUCUCCUCUCUUCAGGUGAGGUAGCUAUCCGUUGUGGUGUGGGGGAGAAGGAGGACAAGCUGGGGAGUUUCACCAAGAAGGCCCUUCAGAUCCAGCUGGACAGGUGGAGAGAGAGAGGGGGAGGGAGGGAAUUAUCAUACUCUCUUUGUGUAUGUAAUGUAUGUUGUAACUUUUAAGUAUACAAUGUAAAGGUUAACUCUGCGUGUGUGUGUGUGUCCCAGCCUCCCGGAGGUUCCAGUGUUGGUAGACGUGCCGUGUGUGUCUGCCCAGCUGGAUGACUCUCUGCUGUACGCGGUGAGAGAGAGAGUGUCACGCCACGGAUCAGUCUCUUCACACCCUCCAGUCCAGAUAGAGGAACUCCAGGAGAGACCAGGCAGUGUGUUAGUACGCUGGUGUAAGGUGAGGGGACACACCCUACAGAUUUUAUAACACUGAUAUUAACUAACACACCCUACAGAUGUUAUAACACUGAUAUUAACUAACACACCCUACAGAUGUUAUAACACUGAUAUUAACUAACACACCCUACAGAUGUUAUAACACUGAUAUUAACUAACACACCCUACAGAUGUUAUGACACUGAUGUUAAUUAACACACCCUACAGAUGUUAUGACACUGAUGUUAAUUAACACACCCUACAGAUGUUAUGACACUGAUGUUAAUUAACACACUGUACUGUGGGGGUGUGUUUCCUAACUCUCUCUCUCUCUAGGUGGAUGAUGAGUUUGCGGUGCAGGACUACCGUCUGCAGUAUCGUCGCUCAGUGUCUGGUCAGUACCUAGGUCGAAAAUAUGAAGGUUGAGUCAAAUGAUUUCAUAUCCCAUAACGUAUUAAUUUCUACGUGAUUCUGUAUCAUUCAUAUUUAUUCAAUAUGAUAAUAAUAAUAUGAAUGCGGGUGCAUUUCUAAACAAAGGGACCAGCGACGCUGUCUUAGUGUAACAAAGGGACCAGCGACGCUGUCUUAGUGUAACAAAGGGACCAGCGACGCUGUCUUAGUGUAACAAAGGGACCAGCGACGCUGUCUUAGUGUAACAAAGGGACCAGCGACGCUGUCUUAGUGUAACAAAGGGACCAGCGACGCUGUCUUAGUGUAACAAAGGGACCAGCGACGCUGUCUUAGUGUAACAAAGGGACCAGCGACGCUGUCUUAGUGUAACAAAGGGACCAGCGACGCUGUCUUAGUGUAAUGGUGCUGAUCCCAUGAAUUUGUUUAAUUUCUCAAGUUUGCACCCGUGAAUAUGUUGUCCUAACCAUAUAAUUAAAUAUUAGUACUUUAUUAAUAGUGCUUAAUAAUAUUAAUAUUAUAUCAUAUUAUGUGAAAUAUAUUAUAAAUUGUAAUUAUAUUAAUGGUACUUCAUAAUAGGAAUAGUACUUUCUAAUUGAAUAGUACUUUAUUAAUAGUAAUUGAUCUCUGUGGUCCUGACCUGGGUAUCUUCCACUUCAGGUCAGUACGAGGAUGCCUACAUCGGGCCGGAGCAGGAGUUCCUGGUCCUACACCUGGACCCCCACACUGAUCAUCUGUUCAGGGUGUGUGCCCGAGGGGAGGGACGUACCGAGUGGAGCCCCUGGAGCGUCCCACAGACAGGAUACACCACACUGGCACCCCAUGGUAAACAUGCACCACAUGGAGCAGAUGCAGUGAGAACAUUCAGCUGCAGGAUAUGCAUGCUGAUGCAGCGUGGUCUACGAACCUCAAAGUGCAUGCGUCUCAGAUGCUAUUUUAGCAUCUCAGAUGGUAUGUGCGUGCGCAACCUGUAGACGUUUGUUGGUCUCGUGUAUUGUGAGUCACUAGCUCUGGUCCAGGGCGUCAGUGUCCUACCACAUAAACAGUCAGGGCACUAGCUCUGGUCCAGGGCGUAAUGUUAGCCACUGUUGCUUGUGCAGCUAGCUAGUACACACUAGCUAGGCUAGCUAGCUAGUACGCAUACACUAGCUAGUUAGUACACACUAGCAAGUACCUAGCUUGUAAUUCUAAAUGUAAUUUCACCACCCAUGCUGUUGGUGGCGGUAAUGCACCGUCGUCUCUGGCAUCAUUCAACAUCCUGUCUCAUCUCCUAUGUCUCAGUGGCGUGAGAAGGUGUCUGCUGGAGCCAGAUCUGUUGAAUGCAGUCGGCCUCGACUGAAGAUGUACUGUUGUCAUGGUUUCUGUCUUCUUCUGGGUGUUGUGUGUGUGUGUGACAGAGUGGUGUCCAGGCAGUGAGGGCUACAUCCUCAGCAGUAGAAGAAACAUUGCCAUGCGGAGUGACUCCUCCCCCUCUAAAGCUGGGGUUCUCUACUCCAACGCUCCAACGUACUUCUGUGGACAGACGCUCACCUUCAAGUCAGUACUCACACACUCUCUCUCUCUCUCGCUCUCUUUCUCCCUCUCUCUCUCAAUCACAAUCUCUUGUGUAAUGUUAUGCUAUGAUUAAUGUGUGUGUGCUUGUGUAGGAUCUCUGCGACGGGCCAGGUGGACAAGCGGGACAGUAUCGGGUUGUGUGUGGGGUGUGAGGGAGAGGCGGAGUCUCUCCAGAGAGACCAGGCUGUCUGCAUCUCCACCAAUGGUACACUCAAAAUCACUUUUUCAGAUUUUACAAUUUUUUUGUAAAGCAUACAAUUGCAGAGUAGCAGCAGCGUUAAAAGUUAGAAAACUUGACUGAGAUUUCUCUCUCUCCUUCUAUCCCUCCCCUCUUCCUACUCCUCUCCUCUCCUCCAGGAGCGGUGUUUGUCAACGGUAAAGAGAUGACCAACCAGCUGCCUUCCGUCACCCUCGGUUCUGCUGUGACCUUUGAUAUGGAAGUGGUCAACCUACUUCCUGUUAGCAACAAUAACAACCUUAGCGACGGAGGCAACUUCAAGCUGAGGGUUACGAUUGGCUCAGGGAACCGGGAAGUGGUGUUUGAUUGGCUGCUGGACCAGGGGGUGGACUGCCUGUUCUUUGGCUGCUCCUUAGCCCACCCUGGUUGGAAGGUGCUGGUGUUCUGAGGUUGCUGAUUGGAUAGCAGCCCUGUCUGCUGGAGUUGGACUGCCAACCUCGUGCUGUUGUCCUGUCCCAAAUCAACCCAUAGACCGACCCCUUAAACCAGUGGUAUUCAAAC